AUGGCUAGCUCUUAUGUCGUUCCACUUUCGGAUGACAUCCUCCUUAUGAUCUUCAAGCUGGUGCGCGAAGAAGACCAAGUUGUCUUCGACAACUAUCUCCAGGAAGAAAAUGCUUUCAUAGGCAGACAUUGGGACGAUUGGGGAGAAGAAUUUGAUUGUGACUAUGAGCAGUGGCAAUUCGAAUUAGCAGAUCACCUUAGCGCUGGCAAUAUCGAUGACUCCCCACCCCGAUCGACGCUUUUGAAAGCCAUGGGUGUGUGCAAGCAUUGGUACUCGCUCUUAUACCAGACUCCAUCGAUGUGGAUCGUACUAGAAAUCUCCUUCCGCGAAGGUGCUGCAGCUCUCGAACACGCGCGGACAUUUCUCCAGCGUAGCGGGUCAAAUCCCAUCCAAAUCACACUUCUUUGGGACCACCCCACUUGGAUUGUGCCAGUCCCGAAGGAUGACAUCGCGAGUGGUGGAGGAGGAUUACCACCCCCAUCACGUGAAGAAAUCAUGGCCGGUGUUUAUCUUGGCUUGGUCAUUCAGGAGCUGUAUGCCCAUGUGCAUCGUUGGCGCGAGUUUACGCUCAGGACGACCUCCAUUACCCACACAUAUCAAGCGCUUUCGUUGAUGUCACGCCCGUCCAUCCAUCCUGCCCACAGCCUAGAAAAACUGCAUCUUCAGUUCAUACACAACCCACGUCAUGCGGCUCACCAUGUCAACGAACCAUCACUUUUCCCUGGUUCAGCGCCUCCUAUCCGCGAUCUUCUUCUUUUUGGCAGUAAGUUGGACUUGGCCAUCAUCGUCCAUGCUGUCAUCUAA